GUAGGUGGCCACCUUGCGGGCUGAACUUGUUGUUUUAGCGUGUAUUUGAGCGCGAAAGUUGCAGAGUGUUUCGUAGGGGAAGAGUCACAUCGUUUAGAGGUAUGGGCGAGUAGAAUUUGUCGGAAAAUUUCUCAUAAUAUGUUACUAUUCGUGAAAUAAAUUGAGGGCAAAUAUACCUAGAUCGAGAAAAUUACUUUUAAAUUUGUGAAAGCCGUUAACUAGCCUCCAGGGUAAAUAAUUGUGACCAAUUAUACCAAUACGCGGAAUAAAGUCAGUUCAAAGAAGUCGAAAAAUGGCCGAGAAAAGCGCUGAUAUUUUAGAGGAGGAUAAUUCUGUCACGAUGCUCGAUGUUCUUCAAGAGGAAAAUCAACUAGAGGAAGACGCCUACGCCGUGCUGGGUGCUUCCGAUGAUAAAAAUUGCACCUAUAACAAGGGCUACAUUCGGCAGGCACUUUACGCCUGCAAGACCUGUCGCGGUGACAGAAAUCCCGCCGGAGUGUGUCUGGCCUGUAGUUUUCAAUGCCACGAGGGGCACGAGCUGGUUGAGCUUUACACCAAGCGCCACUUUCGCUGUGAUUGUGGAAAUUCCAAAUUUGGUGACAAAAAGUGUAGCUUGGAACUGACCAAGCUCGACACUAACGAAGAAAAUCAAUACAACCAAAACUUUGAUGGCUUUUAUUGUACCUGUGCCAGACCUUAUCCAGACCCCGAGGAUACUAGCGGAGAUGAAAUGCUCCAGUGUGUUGUAUGCGAGGAUUGGUACCACUCCAAGCAUCUUGGAUGCGGAGAUAUUUCCCCUCCUGAUGAUUAUGACGAAUUGAUUUGUUCUGGGUGUAUGCAGAAACACACGUUCCUUUGGAAAUAUGCUUCGAAGUACUCAGUGAAUAGGGAUGCGAAGAAGGACUCAUCCAAUGGAAAGGACGAAACUGUAGAUGUCGAAAACAUUCCUGCAGGUUGUAAGAUACCGCUAGAACCGCAAUCAACGUCAACGGGUGCCUGUUUUUGGGCAGAAGGUUGGCGAUCAUCUUUGUGCACUUGCGACAGUUGCAAAAAGACGUAUGAAGAAAGCGGUAUCGAAUUCUUGCUCGAUCCGAUGGACAGUGUCCAGAUUUACGAAGAGGCUGGAAAAGCUAGCCAGACUGAAUCCCAGUAUGAAAGAGGAAUGAAGGCACUCGCCUCACUCGGUCAUGUUCAGCAAUUAACUGCCAUUGAAGAAUUCAACAACAUGAAGGAAAGACUCAAAGAAUACCUUCAAAAGUUUGCCGAGAACAAGAAGAUUGUACGCGAGGAGGAUAUCAAAGAAUUCUUUUCUGGGAUGGAAGCAAACAAACGUCAGAAGGUUGUUGUGCCAACAUUUUGUCGUUGAUUAGGAAAAAAUAAAAAAAAUAAGAUCAAUGACAGGAAAAUUAACAGAUAUGUGAAUUUAUAAAGAAAACGCAAUAUGCCCGCGUACUCGUAUUUUAUCCCAUAAUAUUAUUAGGGUCUUAAAAAUUAUUGUGUAUAAUCAUCUAUGUGUCGUAAAUAUAAUAUUAUAAUUUGCAAAAUCAGUAUUUCUAUAAUGUAUAUUAAUACUAUUGAAAAUUUACCUCAGGUUUUCCUCUCUCCAAAAUUAGCUUCAGUUAGAUUCGGUUUUUUUUUCUUUUGUAAAAGUUCUCGAGAAUGGUAUUUGUUAAACUAAAAUAGUGCCGAUAUACGAACCAGCUUAACACAUACCUAAUAAUUACAGCUCUGAAUCCCGCUGGAAUCGCAAAACAGACGACGAAUUAACAGGGGUCACU